CUUCACGAACAAAUACUGAAAAAGCGGAAAAAACGCGACGAGCUACUCUCUAGUGACGAGUCGGAAAUGUCAAGCGAAGGUGAUGAAGGUGGGAGUGCUAAUCAAGCUCCCAGAGCAGCUGCGCCUGCGGCCAAGAAACUGCGAGAUGGUAGAGGCGAUGGGUUGUUUGGUUCUGCCGCGUGGAGGGAUAGGAUGAAAAAGGAGAAAGAAAAGGAGCGUCUUGGAAAAGGCGUUGGCGGCGGGGGAGGAAAAUAG